AUGGCGCCAAGCACGCCCCGUCCAACAGGCCACAUCCCGAAAAUCAUCAUCAGGCCUCGCCGCGGCGGCGUACCCGCACACGCCUCCCCCGCCUCCGACGUCGCGGACACGCCCCCGACGGACGACAACCUCAACCUGCACCUCGACGUCGACGUCGAGCACGAGGCGGGCGGCACGCCCCUUUCGCGAGUCUCUGGCGACUUCGAGGGCACAGCCACGGAGGACGAGCACGAGCACGAGGAGGACGAUGACGGCGAGGGCGAGGGGGACGGCGAGGGCGAAGGCGAAGGCGAGGGGGACGGCGGGAGCGAGGCGGGCGCGCAUGAAGGCGCCGAGCACGAGGGGACGCCUGCGCGCCGGGGGCGCGGGCGGCCGCGGGGACGGCCACGGGGAGCGACGAGCGGGACGGCGACGCCGCGGCGCGCACGGGGUCGUGGGCGGGGACGAGGCCGCGGACGCGGGAUUACAAUCAAGCUACCUGGACGCGGUGGGGAGGGAAGUCACGAGGAAGGCGAGGGCGGCACGGGGGAAGAGGCGGGCGCUGUUGUGGAGGGGCAGGAGGGCCCAGUGGGCGGGGGAAAGCCGUUCCGUCGCAUCCAGGGGAAAGUGUACAUCAUCGAGGGGGAUGAGUAUGUCACAGAGGACGACCCCAAGGGCGACACCAAGAUCGACGCGAACGGGAACUUGCUCGGCGGCCGACGGUUCAAGGCGCAGACAUUCACUUUACCGAAUCGUCACCCCGAGCGGCAGUACAUGCUCGCGAUAGAAGCAGCACGCUCGUCCGGGUUUCGGGACUCGCUGUACUACUUCCGGCGGAACGCGCUCGCGAUGAAGAUGAACGCGACGCAGUGGGAGAAGGAGCACCUCAUCGAGGCGGGCAAGCUCGGCUCGCACCUCCGCACGCGGAGCGUCACCCUCAUCACCGCCCGCAGCGCGUACAAGCUGCAUGGUGCAAAGAUGCUUCUCGAGGGCCGAUGGGUGGUGGAUGACUACUACGAGGACAAGGCGCUCGAGGACGUAGUCGCGAAGGGGCUCAAGCCAGGCGAUCUCGUCGGCGAACUGCAGGAUAUCUCCACCAUCGCGGCGGAAGCAGCCGCGCUCGCGGGGGCGCAGGCGUCGAAGCAGGACCGCGGCGGGGCCGGGCCCGGGAUCUACCGCGCGGGCGGGCCUACGACGAUCUUCGGCGGGUCCGGGUGGGGCCCGUACAGCGACGGCCCGCUGAACGCGGUGCGGAAGUCGAUGCUGAACCGUGAUGGGUUGAACGAGGAGAACUGGAUGUAUGUUGCGGCGCAGCGCACGGUCGAGGUGGGUGAGGAGUGGGCGCGUUUGCGAAAGGAAGCGCUCAAGGCGUGCGGUGGUAUCCUUGGGGAGGGGCGCAGCGUGGAGGGGAAAGUGGAGUUGGUGGGGGAGACACGGCCGGGCGAGGAACUGACGAGGGAUAACGGAAAGCGGAGGAAGCUGUGGGAUGAGUCUGACUUCCCGUUUGGUGUAUACGAGCCGCAGACGGGUAUUGUUCUUUAUCGAGGAGACACACAGCCUACACGGAGUAGGUGGGAAGCCCUGCCCGACGACGGUGAGAAGAGGUGCGUGUUGGGGGGAGCCAAAGCGGGAAGCGCUGCCUGGGCUCUUGCGUGGGUGGACACGGUCAUGGAACCCCCAAGAGAGGAAGAAAGGGACGAGAGUGGUGCGAGAGCGAGAGCGCCGUUUAUGAAGCUAGCUCGGACAGCUUCAUCUUGA